GUCGGGAUGGCAUAUUCUGUCAUUGUUAGUUUGAGGCCCAGAUUUCUUGCCAAAGAUGAUUCCCGUCCAGUCCUGGCAUCUUCCAUCUGUGCGCUUCAUUCAGCCACAAAGCUUGUCGGCAAGGCUGGAAAAGGCAUCCGUCACGGGGUGGACAAGACGCAAAGGCAAGACUCCCUUUCCUGAUCGAGCGCCAACCAUCUCCGCCCCCUCGUGAAGUGGCCGAGACCCCACGAUAGGUGGUACGUGGCGCACGCGCGCCAUCGCCCGUUUGCCAUGGAGCCACAACCUAACGCCGCUCCGAGCUCGGUCCCGCGACGACGCAACGGCCGCCAGCAGGCAUGUGAGCCAUGUCGAAAGCGCAAGUUGGCGUGCGACCAUUCCCUGCCCUCCUGCCAGAGGUGCAGGCGCAGGAAUGCCGAGGCUGGCUGUGUCUACCUGAUCACCGGCACGGCCUCCGGCAGCGCCGCAAGGAGGUCGACCAUCUCCCCCAGGGCUGUGCCACCGGACCGCCACGCGCCGCCGUCGGCACGGCCUUCGCCGACGCGCUCCCCGUCCAGCUCCGGCAUCGAGGGAAGUCGCGAAGAGAGCCCAGCACCCAUGUCUCCCCCGACCAGUGGCUGUGACUCGCCCGGCUAUCUUGGCCCGACGAGCUUCUCGGCCGUCUUUGCCGAGGCCGGCGACCAGUUCGCCAGCCCAUCGGCCGCUCAACAGCAGCACCCGGCCUACAUGGCCAAUGCGCAGCAGUGGACUCCCCCGUCGACCGGCCCUCGUGGCCGCUCGGAGCUGACCGUCGGUGCCGAGUCGACCCCCGCCGCGAGCACGGGGAUAUGCCCGGAAAAGAUGGAAGAUUACAUACGCGUGCUCAGGUCCAUCCCCCCUGCUGACAUCGGCGAGCUCUUGUACAACCGCAACUACAGUCCCAUGGACGGCUGGGUGAGACCUGCCAUGAUGCACAUCAUCGCCUCCAUCUGGGGCGCGUUUGGGGAGCACCUGGCAUGCCGCACUCGGAAAAGCCUCGCUGCCAUGGCCGAGCUCAUCUGCGCCAACUCGUCCAAGGCGCUGGACGAGGAAAUCCACGAGCCCCAAGACUGGCUUGCGUCCUUUUCGGGCCGGAACCUGCGCUGGGAGUCGCUUGGCAUCGCCUUUGUCGUCUAUGCUUUCGGCGCCAUGGAGUAUACCCCCGCCGAGUAUGCCGCGCACACUAGGCAGGAGGGUGUCGACGCCGUCGACCCGCGACAGCUCAUGCUGAUAUACAAGGAGUGCGCCAUCAAAUGCGGCGAGUUUUGCAAGGAAUACGGCGCCAAUUCACUUCUACUAUGCCUGUCGUACAAGAACGGCGCGCUCGAGUCCAUGGUGUCUAGUGAUACGAGUCUCCGAAAUGCCGUCAUGAUGUCAGAGACGACCGCUUUAUGCUUAUACUUGGGCAUGCACGUGGAUCCCGCCCAGGAUCGCGCAGACAAGAAGCCGUCCAUAUCAUACGAGGCCCGCCGACGGCUUUUCUACGGCAUUAUGGUGCUCGACAAGGCCGCUGCCAUCGUAACCGGGCGUCCGCCGCUUCUCAACAGCCGAUACAUAUCAACCAAACUGCCCCUGGACCUGACCAACGAAGAGCUUAUGGGGAGCCGCAGCGGUCUCAUCGAGGCGGCAGCCAGGCUGGACUCCAAUGGGUGGAACCUAAAUCCCGCCAUUACCCCCGUAAAGUACAUGCGCUCCCGCAUCGACUCUGUCCUCGUCAGGGACGAGAUUCUCGAGAUAGCCCUUGGCGGACCCAACGUGCGCCCCAACCACGAGCAGCUGGUCAGGCUUAAGGAGAGGGAGCUUCGUCAAACCGCCCAGAUGCCCGAGGUCCUAGUGUGGAAGCCCGAGAACGUUUACGACCAGAGGAUUAGCCCCAUGGAGCUGUUCGGCAAGGUCAUGAUGCGCCUCGAGCAUCUGCAGAACAUGUUUUUUAUCGAGCGCCUGCUCGGCCGCACCUGGCCACUGCAGUCGUCAGCUCACGGCUCAACAGCACCCACGCUGCCGCCUUCGAUAUCAGCAGAGCUUUUAACUGUCAGCGUCGAGAUUGUGACGCUGACCGUCACGCUAUGGAUGCACCGCGACCGUGUGGCUGGGGUACAGCGCGACUUUCAGUGGCUGGUAGGUUCCCCUGCCCCUUUUUCCCAUGGGACUCCUUUAUUAUAUCAUAUGCCGCGCCCGCCGGCGGCGUCCUUUGCAUGGAGCUGCUCAGACAAUCCCAACACGCCCAGACCCCGCGGAGGGACGACGCCACCCCCACCAUCGCGCGAUCCAACAUGAUCCUGCAGCUCAGCCUGCUGGUUGGCUUUCUCGGCUGGACGGGCCCGGGCGCGGCCAACGCCAGACUGUGCGCCGCCGUCAAGGAGGCCAUACAGCGCGUGCUGAACCAGGUGCUGGACGCACCCCCGGCUGCGGUGUCGGCGACGGUGGCGUCGGGGCCUGCCAUGGGCUUUUCUAGCGCCGCCGGCGCAGGUGCCGGUAGUGGUAGCAGUGGGGAAAGCAAUGGCCUCGCGCAGGGGGCGGUCGAUCAUGCCCAGCAACACCAGCAGCAGCAAGCGCAGCAGGAGUUUGGCGUUGCGGGCCUGCUGCCGCAAAUCCACGACUUUGGCUUCAGCACCGACAUCACCGAGUUCUUCAAUUUUGAGCUGCUGGACACGUUUGACUUUCUGCGCCCGGAGUACUCUGAUCUUCAAACCUAACGUUCUCAAAUACAAACGAGUUACGAUCUUUCCCCUGUGCCCCUUGGAGAUGAACAAAAUGUUGAAAUGCUAG